AAAGCGGCCCAGUGCGGUCCAAGGUUCAGACUUGUGAAAACUAAUGCUGUAGUACAGGAAUACACCGGAUACGUUAGCUGGUUUAACUGGUGACAGCAGUGUUACGAGAUGGCUUCUUUGGGAAGAAAGCUUGCUGGCAAAGUGUGUAUAGUAACUGGAGCCACCCGAGGGAUUGGGAAGGGUAUAGCUUUACAGCUGGGAGAGGCUGGAGCUACUGUCUAUAUCACAGGUAGGACAUUAGUAGCUGCCAAGGACAAUGCAGUAGGAGGGUCACUCACUGAUACAGCUAAGCAGAUAGAGGAGAGGGGAGGGAAGUGUAUUCCUGUACAAUGUGACCACACCAAAGAUGAAGAAAUAGAACAGCUUUUUGACAAAGUCAAGAGGGAGCAGGAUGGUCAGUUGGAUAUCCUCGUCAAUAACGCCUACAACGCUGUCAAGGCUAUCUUUAACAAUUUGAAUGUUCCAUUUUGGGAACUCCCUAUGGAUAUGUGGGACACUGUCAACAAUGUGGGACUAAGAAACCACUACCUGUGUACAACCCAUGCUGCCAAGAUAAUGGUACCCAGAAAAAAGGGACUUAUUGUUAAUAUAUCAUCAUUUGGUGGACUUUCCUAUCUUUUCAAUGUGCCGUAUGGCAUUGGCAAGGAGGCUUGUGAUAGAAUGGCUGUGGAUUGUGCUGUAGAGUUGAAGAAACACAAUGUAGCUAUGGUUAGUUUGUGGCCUGGGGCCGUCAAGACGGAAAAUAUAAAUUUCCUUCUCGGUCAGCAUAAAAUGGAUAAAACGGAUAACGUUAAGGCCAAAAAGGCUUUUGAAAAUGGAGAGUCCAUAGAAUAUUCUGGCAAAGCAGUGGUCUGUCUGGGAGCAGACCCAAAUAUCAUGAAGAAAACUGGAAAGAUUCUGUUAUCAGCUGAACUUGGAUAUGAGUAUGGUUUCAAGGACAUCGAUGGUGAAGAGAGAAUAUCUGUGAGGAACCUUAAGCAAGGCUUGAUGUUCUCUCCAAAGACACAAUGGCUUGGAAGGCUAACACCAGGAUUUCUAUACAUCCCAAAGUGGAUAUUUGCUCUACUGGGAAACAAGUUCUGAGUAGUGUAUGUAAUAUGUCAGUGCUGACAGUAUAUCAACAAUAAUCUAUGCAAUGUGGUGUGUUUGAGAGAUAUAAAGUGACAAUAUUUGUUCAGUUUUACCAAGAUGUAAGCUGUUGAAAUGUACUGAACUUGCCAUGUACUUAAUUUACUGUUAACUCAAGUUAUUCUGGAUGGAUGAAGAAAUCAUUGUUGCAAAUUCUUAGAAAUUUGACAGCAUUAAUGAAUAUAAAUAUUUAUCUA